GAAAUAAUUUUCUUUUGUGCGUAUUUAAAUAGGUACGUAAAAGUUAAGAAGGGAAGAAAUAUUUAUUGAUGAACAUUUCGAGAAUAUGUUCAUCGAGAUGAGGUCUUCCGCUUUUUCGAAACAGUCAUCAAUUUUCGUAUUUUUUUCGUGUAUGCUACAUUUAUCGACGUUUUAGAAAAUGGCUCCAGCAAGAGUAAUCCCUUAUAUUUCAUACAAAAGAUUCGCAGCAAUAUCUAGUCUAAGAAAAACUUGCGUUUUUUCUUAUUAUAAUGUAACAUCUGGUUUUCGGCAAAACGCGUCGUACUGCACCAAAAAGACAAUUGCAAAAGUCGAUACCCUUGAACAUGAAAAUAAGAUUCAAGUGGGAUUUGCGGAAGUAGUUAAAGAAAACACCAAAUCAGCUGGAUAUCUAGCUGUAAUCGUUGGCGGAGUAGGAAUCACGGCUUUCAUGUUUUACAUGAUUUUUAACGAAUUAUUUUCCAGUAAAAGUCCAAACAACAUAUACAGUAAAGCGUUAGAGGACUGUAUCAAACAUCCUAAAAUAAUCGAUGCUCUUGGAGAGCCUAUCAAAGCGUUCAGAGAACACAGACAGCUUGGACGUAGAAGUCCCAUAAAGUAUGUAAUCUUUGAAAAGGAUGGAGUAAAACACAUGAGAAUGAAGUUUUAUAUUCAAGGCAUAAGGAGGCGGGGUACUGUAAACUUAGAAGUACAGGAAAACGAAUCUAACAAUUAUGUGUACACAUACUUGUACGUGGUCGUAGAUGAUCUAAUGAAAACCAUUGUUAAAAUAGAAGAUAACAGGAACCAACAGAGUAGUUCCAGCUAUGAUGAAACGCAAUUUGAUUUGAGCUAACAUUUUAACUUAUGUCAAAUAGUAUUUUAUGCGCUUUAAAAAAUACUUAAUUUUAAAUAUAAUUUUGUAUAACGUACGUGAAAUAAAAUGUAGAGAUACCGAAGAUUACCGAAUGACGAUAGUUGUAAAUGGUAUGCCACAGAAGAAAUCCA